UCUGCAGCAAGACAUCAUGGAGGUCAGAGCUCUCUGCAUCAGACUGUUAAUGAUCAUCAUGGUCCUGCUCUGCCCACAUUCUCAGAAAGCUGAUGCAGCUUCUCUUCAUAUCUUUCCAAACAGAUUACAGUUCUUUGAAUAUGAAGCAGUGACAUUUUACUGUGAGGGGGUUGAUUAUUGUGAAGUUGUGCAUAAAGUCAAAGGGAAAAUAAAAACAUGUCCGAAAACUAACAAGAGAACACCGACAGGAUCAUCCUGCACCAUCACAAAUGUUUAUCGUGAUGACAGUGGGAAGUACUGGUAUGAGACUGAAGGAGGGAUCAGAAGCAACAGUAUCAAGAUCUCUGUCACUGCUGGUUCUGUGAUCCUGGAGAGUCCUGCUGUCCCUUUGAUGGAGGGAGAAGAUGUAGCCCUGGGCUGCAGAAACAAGACGACUUCCUUCAACUUCACAACUGAUUUCUAUAAAUAUGGACUCCACAUCAGCACCAACUCCACACAAAACAUGACCAUUCACAGAGUUUCAAAGUCUGAUGAAGGAUAUUACAAGUGCAGCAUCUCGGGAGCUGGGGAAUCACCAGAGAGCUGGCUCAGUACCACAGUCGAUCACUUGAAAACUCAUCACACAGACGCUGAGACAGACCCGUUCUCAGAGGCCAGCUGUCAUAUCUACCUCAUCUUACGGACCGUGUCCACCAUGGUGAUGGUGGCUCUGCUGCUGGUGGUGGUGGGACUUCUUAACACUGGGAAAUUCAGAGUCACAAAAACUAACUCAAGUUCAGUCUCAUGUAAAUGUAAAUGUCAUAUUACUGCAGGCAGUGACAGGAAUGAUUACAAGUAGCACAAAUAGACAAUAGAAAGAUGUACCUCAUUACUUUACUUUACCUCGCACUCUAUUUUUAAGCUUUUAGAAGCAGAUACAUCAUGU